UAACCAGCGCGAAACGAGCUUUCUAGGCCAGUGCUUCCUGCUCUUCACCUUCUAGGUUCGUCUACGAAGUAGCGGGCUUCGGUAGCUAGAGGAAGUCGUGAAUCUUGGUGAGGGGACGUUCACUGAUCCGUGAUUCGUAACGAUUCCUCAUCUCCGCAGCCUGGCAGCAGUAGGUACACAUGCGGAAACUGUCUGACAGCAGUAGGAGCCUAAGAAUCUAUCUCCAGAGCCAGCACAUCAGUAGGUCGAGACACCACUUGGAUGGUUCAACAGUCGACGUAAAAUUCAACGCAGCAGUAGGUACACGCGAGUAUCUGGCACCUAGGUCCAACCACUUAGGGUUCGUAUGGUGAGAUCCGUGGUACAGCGUCUGUCUGACUAGGUACACAGCACCCGUCACCGUCAUCCGGUCAUCCAGAUUAUGUUCGACUAGAGAACCUCUCGCAUGUCAAGUAUCGCCUUAGGGUUCGUAGUGUGACUCGCGUUCUUCCAGGGAAUCAAUACUAGCUAGCUGCUCAAGUCGCGUCACGCCAGGAGCUCUAAGCCGCCAAGACAUCAAGACCGCUUUACGACGCCACGUCAGCAUGAGCUUUCAGGAUAUCGGCCGGUCGCCAGGCCCUGCCGGCGGGGGUAUGAACGGAGUCGGCCGGCCGACUUCCGGGCCGUCUAGUCAGACGGCGCCAUCAAGUCAAGCGGUGGCAUCGGGCGUGUUUCAGAUGAACACGGCAGUGGGGACGUUCAAGCGGCUGGUCAACACGCUCGGCACCGCUAAGGACACCGUCGAGCUCCGCGAGAAGCUGCACAAGUCGCGGCAGUACAUCAGCCAUCUCGCCAAGGACACCGCGCAGAAGCUGAAGGACGCCUCUGCGCGCGACCAUUCCGCUGGCGUCAGCGCUACUCAGAAGAUCAGCGACGCCAAGCUCGCCAAAGACUUCCAAUCGGUUCUCCGCGAGUUCGAGCGCGCGCAGCACCUCGCGGCGGAGCGGGAGGCCGCGUUUGCGCCCUUCGAGAGCCCGCGCCGGGGCGGAAGCGCGCAGCUGCUGCAAGGAGGGGGAGCGGGAGCGGCAGGGGCUCCAUCGGUGGUUUCGCUGGGGUCGUCAGGAGGGUCUUCUGGCAGUGCGAGAGGGAAAAGGGCGGCAGGCAGUGUGGGCUUGUCUAGUAUUGGGGGAGGAGGGGCGCAUUUGGCGGAACAGGGGGAGAGGGAGGAGCAGCGGGACCCUCUUCUCGCGCAACAGAGACAUGAGAUGGCAGUAGUGGAAGGCGAGUUGGCUUAUAACGAGGCAGUGAUAGAGGAGAGGGAGCAGGGUAUUCAGGAGAUUCAGCAGCAGAUAGUGGAGGUGAAUGAGAUCUUCCAAGACCUGGCAGUGCUGGUCAGGGAGCAGGGAGGCAUGAUUGACGACAUAGAGACAAACAUAGAGGGCUCGAGGGCGCAGGCAAUCAACGCCAACAAGCAGCUCACCCAGGCAGCAAAGAGUCAACGCGAGUCCAGCUCUUUUACGUGUUGGGUGAUGGCAGUUUUUGCCAUUGCUCUCUUCAUCUUCUUCCUCAUCAUGUCUGCCUGAGGUGUGUGGUGUGUAGGCACGGAAGUCUGCUAAUCACUUGUUAGCACGUUAUCAGCAUCAUGUAGUACUGUUCACGAGAAAUAAGUAUGCUGUUUUUAUAGUGGAUACUCCAGAUGGAAUGUUCAUUAUGUUUAGAGAUACAUAUGUACUAUGCAUAAGCCUUAAUUAAUUAUGUUUAAACGU